GGCAGAGAGAGGAAAGAUGGCUACAUCGGCUUGGCUGCGUGGUCCAUCUGCUAUGCGACUAACGGAGGGCCUGGUGUCGGUUCUGAAAGAACAGCGUCCAGAGUAUUUACCCGCCCUGUUGGCCAACUACAGAGAGCACGGCGUGUUUCAGACGCAGGGCGGGAGCGCCGUCGGGGGUCUCGUGGGUUUCAGCAAUGCCAAACUGGGCUCGAGCAAGACCAGGUUUGAGGGGCUCUGCCUGCUCUCUAUGCUGGUUAAGGACAGCUCCAGUGAGCUCUUCCAGCAGCAAUGCGUUUCCUGGCUGCGCUCCCUGCAGCAGGUCAUACAGUCUCAGGCCCCGGUUCAGACCAUCCAGCUGGCGGUGAACAUUCUGAAGGAUCUUCUGCAGUACUCGUCCCAACUGGCCGAGCUCGCCAGGGAGGUCGGCCUCAACUCCAUCCUGGGCAUCCUCACGUCUCUGCUGGGCCUCAAGACAGAGUUUGAGCUGGCAGCCAUGGAGGGGAUGACGGCCUGCAUGACCUACUACCCAAGAGCCUGCGGAUCCCUCAGGGACAAACUAGGAGCUUUUUUCCUCUCCAAAAUGGACAGCACCAACAAAAAAACACAAGAGAUGGCCUGUCAGUGUUAUGGCCGCCUGCCCUGUCUCGGGGGCCUGUUGGACAGAGGGGUGGCUGCUGGCAGAGCUGAGGGCUGGACCAAUCAGAUUCACUGCCUGCUGGCCUCAGCCAAUGGGCUGCUGGCUCUGAUCUACCAGGGUUCAGAAACAGAUGGAGCGGUGCAGUACGAAGGCCCGGGCGUGGAGCUGGCCUUCCCUCACCUCGACCAGUCGGAUCCCCUGCUGCUGCUGCAGCUCCAGCACCGAUACACUGCUGUCUGCCUGGCGCUCAAGCACACACUCGGGAUGGAUCCAGCCUCCGCUGUCCGUCUGCCUGUCCGACCGAUACUCAACCUGGUGUGCCGAGUCCUCGCUGUCAGCUCCAAGAGCAUAAAUUUAACAGGCGAUGGAGGUGUCAGGUUGCUGGUCUUGCCCGUCAUACACACCAACACACUCGAGGUCUUAUCGGCUCUUAUCACAGCUGUGCGUGGCGGCAUGGUCCAGUACGCCGCUGUGCUACAGAGGCUGUUCUCUCAAACCCUGUCCGCCUGGACGCCUCUACCAGAAGCCAGUCUGGGACAGCAGAGAGCCUACAGCUCGGUGCGGGUUUCGGUCUACAGGACCUUAGAACUGUGGGUCCAGGUGGGCGGAGCCUCUGCGAGCAUCCUCCAGGGAAGCCCCGGCCACUCCGAACUACUGUUUACUCACCUGCUAAGUGACAUCACACCAGGGGCGGAGUCUGUCAAGCUCCGGGCGGGUCUGUCAGCAGACGCAGUCCCUGGAGGGAAGCCCGGCCCUCGAAGGACAAAACCUUUGGUCAUGUCGGAUGGACUCAGCCCGUCGCUCCAGCGGAAAGGAGACCUUCUGACUAAUCAGGAUACUUGCCUUUCAGCCCUCAGGGCACUGAGGCAUAUCAUCCUGACCAGUGGUACUCUGCUGAAAGAUGAUAUACACAAGCGCCUCCAUGACGUCGUGCUACCGCUGUGUGUGCGUCUGAAGCAGCAGCAGACCAGCAGCAGCAUUUCAUGUGAAUCUGCAGGGUGCAUCAGUGGGCAGUACAGCAGUGCCCUCCCCCGACAAGAACUGUACAGGUUAUUGCUGGCUCUGGUCCUGGUCCCAUCACCGUGUUGGCCUCCACCUCUGACCUGUGCCGUGUCCAUCCUCAGCAAUGGACGCAAUGAUCGGAACCUAAAGGUCUCUACAUUCUGCACUGAGGCUCUCACCAUCUGCAACUCCCUCCUCCACCCCCGCAUACCCUCCAUCGCUCUCCCCUUACCCCCACUCACCCUGAAACCCACCCCAACCGCUCCAGUCCUCCCCUCCUCCCAGGGCCCUUCCACUGGACUCACUUUGCCAACGCUCCUCGGGGGCCCUGCCCCCGGUCCUCCCUUUCCCACCCGCCACUCCCUCGGCCUGGGUCCCGCCUCCCUGCUGGGCUCUCUGGAGAACCACCUCUCCCUGGUUCCGGGGCUGCCGGGCCAGGCGCCCACCCCAGGAGACAUGCUCCUGUCCCACCAGCAGGACCCUUCCGGGCUUGGCCUCCCAGAGGGGCAGAGACCCGUGUUCGUCCGCUACGACAGGGAGGAAGCGGAGGAUGUAGAGAUCUCUCUGGCCAGUGACUCGGAUGACAGCGUAGUCAUCGUCCCUCCGGGGAUGCUCAACAUGGAGAACCAGCAGGAGGAGACGGCAGCAGCAGGAGCAAACUCUCAGAACAUGGCCUCUGCUGCACCAGGAGGCGCCACAGUCACACUAGCUGGAGGAGACUCUGUCGCCAUGAUCCCAACAACAGCAACCACAACCACAAUAGACAGGGUCUCGCUCCCCAAUGACCUCACAACCUCAUCCCCUCUACUCACUACCUCCACUACGCCGAUCAACUCCUUUCCUCCUCCCAGCUCCUCGGUGGUCUCCCUGGUUCCCCCUUUGAACUCCAGCACACUCACAGCUCCGCCUGGUGGUCUGGGGGACUCGUUGCCUGGCAGACCCCAGCUCCAGCAGAUGCUGAUGCAGCCCUCAGUGCCUGGCCAGCCCGGCCCCAUGGGUCUGCCACUCCAGAUGCACCAGCUGCAGAAUCAGCUGGGCCAGCAGGGACGGCACCUGCACCAGCAUCAGCAGCCGCUAGCCAGUAACGAAGACUCUGCCGUCAUCAACAUCAACAGCACCGACGAGGAGGAGGAAGAGGAGGAGGACAUGGAGGAGGAUGAGGAUCUGGACGAGGAGGAGGAAGGGAUGGAUGAGGAGGAGGAAGAGGAGGAGGAUGUGAGCGAUUUCCCAGAGGACGAGUUGUAUGACGGGGAGUAUGAUAAUUAUGAUGAAGAAGAGGGGGAAGAGCUGGAAGAAGAGGAGGAGGAGGAGGAAGAUGAGGAUGGGGAUAUACCUCCACUGGAGGGAGCAGAGGACAAUGAUGGAGAGGCGGGCAUAGAGGGGGGGAAGGUGCUCCGAGCAGCGGUGGAUGAAGAGGGGAUUGCUGGUUUCAGUGUGGAGGGAGAAGCAGAAGGAGGGAUCGAGGAGAUCCAGACCAACAGAUCGCUGUUCGCAGAGGACAGGAUGAAGGUUCAAAAGGUAGAGAGCAUUGGGGUCCUGGAGGAGGCACGAGAGGGGGAGGGGGAGGAAGACGAGAGUGAGAGGAUGGACGACCCCACCAUGCCGCAAAUCCUCUGCGUCACCGGAGGAGCACUGGAGGAGAGGGAGGAGACCGAGGAGGAAGGAGGAGGAGCUGGGGGAGUAGGAGGGCUGCAGGAGGAGGCGAGGUCGUGGGAGCUGGGAGCCAAUGAGAUAGAGCUGACAGCCGCCGCAGAAGAUUGCGCAACCAAUCCGACUCAACAGGAGUUAGGAGCUGAGCCUGCACAGGACGCCAGCGUGAGCGAUAACCAGCCGCCCGGCCGCCAGGAGGAGCAGCUGGCAGCUGUUCAAGAGGGAGACUCUGCAGCAGAAGAUCCGGAAACCUCAACGGGCCAGAGUCCACAAGAGCAAGAGGAAACGACGGACGCUGAGAAGAGAGAGAGUCAAAGGGAGCAGCAGGAGACGGAAGGAGGAGGAGGAGGAGGGGGCGGGGAGAGUGAUGGAGAGGAGGGGAAAGGCCUGAAGAGGAAGAGGGAGGAGGCACAGCAGGAGGAAGAAGCGGGACGAAGCCCUGAGAAGAAAAAGCUGGACGAUGAAGCCAUGGCGUCCAUGUUGGCUGAUUUCGUCGCCUGUCCGCCCGACGACGAAGACGGAGCCUCCGGAUCGACUCGCUCAUAGAUGGUCGCUUACCUGAACUGAUGUUAUGAAGUUACCAUGGAUACAGAAGAUACUGAAUCAUAAGUGACAUUUCCAAGGUUUAGUUGCCUUAAUGCAGCAACUCCCUUAUCAUAACAGUCAUUCUACAGUGAUGAGAUCAACCGGUGGAAUGCUUCCUUUCUUUUAACGAUGAUGCCAGCUAGGAGCUACUCUGCGUGGGCCGUGGGAACUCUUUACCGUGACAUCAACCCGCUUUUACUCUGCAAGAAGUAGUUUAUCACAAGCUAAAAGAGGCUAGUUUCAGUCCCAAGUCCAGCUGUACUUGUGUACAGUACAUAGUAUCCUUCACUUAGUGUAAGUGGUUUUCUUGGAUUUAUACGUACCUUGUAUGCUCUUUGUUUUGUCAUCACUGUCAUAUGCUUUGUUAUAAAAACGUAACAAAAAUCAAACGUGAGUUACGUACACUACUUUUCUUCUCCUUAGAUUUAAUGGCUAAUCACAAAACUAUUUCGUUUUUUUUCCCCCUUUUUAAAUUUGGUUUGUUGUCCCACAUCACAUGAGGUGACCCAGUGAGGUCUGCUGCUCACCCAUUGUAACUAGGACAUAGGAAGGGGAUUUCGUUUUUGGGGGAAUUUAAAAAUAAAUAAAUGUGU